AUGGAGGAGGCGGCGCCGCGGGCCGCGCCCCUGCAGCGGCUCGGACCGGCGCUACGUGCGGUGUUGGGAUGCGAUCCCAAAGCGUUGCGUCGCGCGAUGGAUUCCCGCGCGGCGGGCGACGGCGGGGCGUCGAGCGGUGGCGGCAAAUCUGUGAAGAUGGCGCGAGAGCUCACGGACGCGCUCGACGAUAUCGCCGCGUUCCUGGCGGCCGACGUCGCCGAAGAUGCCGACUCGGGCGCGGCGGCGGCGUAUCCCGCGGUGGAUCCGAUGCUCGAACACGUCGUUCGUCCCGCGAACGGCGGCGUCGCGGCCGGGAUAGACGCGACAGCCAAGUCGAAGAAGGUUGCCCUCCGAAUCGUCGCGUGGUUGCUCGCCUCGUCGCCGCGAGGCGCGGGCGACGAGUGCGCCGCGCGCGUCGGCGCCGCGCUCGCGCGUCGCUGUGCACCGCCGACGCCGAAGCGCACGAGGCUCGCCGCGUGCAUCGCGCUUCACCACGCCGCCGUGAACCUCGUCGACGGCUUGCCCCCGUCGUGCUCGCCGGAUGCGAUCGCCCCCGGACUCCUCGCCACCGCCGCGGAGGCGGGCGAGGGCGACGCGCCUACCCGACUCCAGGCGGAGGCUGCCGACACACUCCUCGCGAUCACCACGAGGCUCGCCGUCGUCGACCACCGCGCGCUGUGGCGGGCGCUGCCCCACCUUCGAGCGGUGACGGAAUCCGUCGGCGGGUGGUGGCCGGCGGCGUGCCGAGCGCCGAGGAUCGCGGCGAGGGAGGCGUACACGCGACUGCGGCGCGUCGAGGACACGGGGGACGCGGAGGCGUGGUCGCGCGCGCUAGCGAACGCGUGGAUGGACUGGGCGCCGCUGCUCGCGGUGCGGGGGGGACUGGACGGGAUCACGGCCGGCGCUGUCGGGCGCGACGUCGACACAGCUGUCGGCGGCGAGGUCCCGUCGCCAAGUCACGGGGCCGGGGACGGGGUCGAAUCCGCGCAGGCGCGCCAGCUCGCGAGAUGGCUGGAAACCGCCGCGGCGGCCGCCUCUGCCGAACGAACCGGUGGGCACGGGGCGACCGCCGCGGCGAGCGAACGGCUCGCGCACGCGCUCGUCGCCGUCGGCCUGCUCGUCGGUCGGGCGGGCCUCGCGGGUGGCGGGGAAAGCGGCGACGCACACGCGAGGGCGGCGCUGAGGAAUCGAGCCGCGGACGCGUUGGUGCCCGCGCUCGGGUCCCGGAGCGGCGCCGCGCGUGACCUCGCGGCGUCCAUCGCGGCGUGCGCCAUCGGCGGCGGAUGGGGCGCGGAACACGCCGCGUUACUGGACGGCUCACUCGCCGCGCUCGACGACGCGUCAGCCGUCGGCGACGUUCGGUCCACGUACUCGGGCGUCGCCUCGCUGGCCUCGGCGCUCGUCGCGGCCGAGCCACGCGCCGUGGGUUUUGGCGGGACGCGACCAGGCCUCGCGCGCGUGCUUCGAACGUGCGAACACGGACGGACCGAGGAAGCGCGGGCGGGUGCGCUCGCGGUGAUCCGGAACGUUCUGGAGACGGCGGCGCCCGGCGAAGACGUCGUCGUCGGGUCGGAGGCGGCGGCGAUAACCGCCGCGUCGCUGGGGGCGCUGAAAGACCCGACGUUGGUCGUGAGGAAAGCCGCGGCGGCGACGUUCUCCGCGCUUCCAAUCCCGGACGUCCUCCCCCGCCUCCUCCGCGCAUUAUCCGCGAAGGACGCGAGGGAACGGGCCUCCGCGCGGGAGAGCGCGGCGGGCGCCAUGCGAGCGUACACGGAAACACGCGGGGCGAGCGCGGCUCUGGACGCGUUCAUCGCCGCCGUGCGACCUGGACCGGGUGAGGGCGACGUGGUAAGCGGGGUGAGCGAAAACGACGCCGAGGGUUCGCGCGCGACGUCUGUCCUCCGCGGGUGGUCCGAAAGCCUCACGGAGGAUCAGGCGCGCGAGGUCGCCGCGGGUAUCGCCGCCGCGACGCUUCGUAACCCGGGCGUGACGGCACUCGUCCGCGUCGCGUCCGCGCUCGCGCCGCGGGUCGGGGAGCCGCCCGCGUGCAGGGAGACCUUCGCCGCGGUGCGCGCCGCGUGGUCGGCUUCGAGACCCGCUGAGGCGUCUGAGGCGUCUGAGGCGUCGUCGAACGCGGACGACGUGUUCGAGCGCCUCGCGCCGCUUCUGGUGCUGCGAACGCUACCGCUGGAGGCUUGGGACGACGACCACCUCUUCUCCGUCGACGAGUCCCCGUCCGUUCCCGACGUUCUCCUCGACAUCGCCCUCGCCGGCGCCGGCGAGCACGACGAGGUGCGCAGGGUCGCCGCCGAGCUGCACGGUAGGGCGCAUCCGGACGCCACGUCUGAGUCGCGCGGCGUGAGGCUCGCCGAGGCGGUCGUCGACGGCGCGCUCGGCCGGGCACGCGCGUGCAUGUUCUCGCUGUGCUCGUCGUUGGCGUUUCGCGGGAUAGACGCGUGUCCCUCGCACUCGUCGACCGCGUCACCGGCGGCGACUCGCGAGGUUUGCGCGCGAAUCCUCGAAAGUUUGGGUAUGGACGAUUCCGACGAGGCGACAAAGACGCGGAUGGGCGCGACGGAGACGCUCGCGUCGUUGGUCCGCGCCGAGCUCGAGGACGCCGACGUCGAUCGUCCCGGCGACGACACCGACGGGGACGACGACGAGCCUCUGAGCCUCGGGGACGAGCCGCGGGGCGGUCGCGCCGAAGGCGGGCUACUCGAGCCCGCGGACGGCUUUGGACAAAGCCCGCUGACAAAGUCGCUCGCGAACAUCUACGUCGACCCGCUCGCUGCGCCGACGCCCGCCGCCCGACGCGAGCCGCUCAUCCGGGUGCUCGACGGCGACGACGGGACGGAGAACGUGACGGAGAACGUGACGGAGACCGGGACGGAGAACGUGACGGAGACCGGGACGGAGACGAUUCCCCCGCGCGACGGGAGUCGUCCGACGAGACGCAGGCGAAGCGCGACGCUGAACGGAAUCCUCGCCGCCCUGCAGGGAUCCUCCGCGCCGGACUGGACCCGCCCCGCGGACGGAAACCCCGGCGCCGCGACGCGAAUCCGCUUGACCCUCGCCGACGUCCUCGUCUCCGUCGCUCGAAGGCCCCUUCGGGACGCGGACGCGGCGGCGGCGUUUGCGGACCGAGCGCUACCCGCGCUCGCCGCCGUCGCCGGGGGUUCCGGCUCUGCUGCGUGCGAAAAAGCCACCGAAAAAGCCACCGCCGACGCGAACCGUCGCGACCCGUGCGACGCGACGCGCGCCGCGGCGUUCCACGUCGCGAUGGUCGCCGUCGCGCCUGUCACCGGUGACGGCGAGCCGUCCGGUGGGUUUCGCGUGAGCGGCGGCGGACGCGUCGCGUCGCACGCGAGGUUGCUCGCCGCCAGCUGUGCGUCGACGCUCCGGAGUUCCGGGGACGUUCACGAUUCGGUUCGCGUCGCGGCGGCCAGGCUGGUCACCGCGCUCGUCGCGGGGGACGACGAUACGCUGGAGGCGCUGGCGGGGUCGAUCCCGGAGGUGAGGAGCGCGCUGAGAAGCGCGGUGGACACGGCCGAGUCCGAGGAGCUGGCGGACUCGUGCCGACGGCUGCUCACCUGCAUGGGAGCAGUGGCCUAA